ACCAACCACAUCCUUCGCAACAAGAACUGGCCACUCUAUGAAUGUAAAGUCUCCACCAGGUACAUAUGCCAUUUUAAAACGGACCUCCGGACAAUUGUGAAUUUCCGACAUAGACUGUACAGAUGCUAGCGAUCCACCAAAUUCUACGGUCACCCGCGAUACUGCUUGAAAUAUGCCUGCACCUAGCACCAGGAAAGCCGGGGGAGUCAAAAUGGUCUAUGGGAGAGAUAAACCGACGACCCUGCAGGCUGACCUUGGCGACACUGGCCCGAGUCUGCCGUGCUUUUUACACUCCUGCAUUGGACGUGCUAUGGUAUCGUCUAGAGGAUGUGGUGCCCUUGCUACGCAUACUUCCUCCCUUCAAACGCGCAAAGGGUGACGAGAAAUACGUGCUUUCCCGAGACAUCACUCAGGCAGAAUGGGAGCGCAUGCAGCACUACGCUCGUCGUGUAGGUGUCGUCCACAUAUACGACGACCGCCACUACGGCCGAUGGCCAAUCUGCCCCUCCGUCUGGACCUUCCUUGCUAGAUGGUGCGCCACCGGGCAGGGGUUCCUGCCUCGCCUACGGCGUCUCGAGUCAUUCAUUAUCGCGCAGGCCGAACCGGGAUACAUCCUGCUCUUCUCCCCGUCUCUGCGACAUCUCUGCUUGAAACAAAAGGGCAAACUCGACCAGCCCACCCUUUGGACGAGCCACGUCAUCGCCGAGGUGGCGGAGCGAACGGUCUACCCCCACUUGCAGAGCCUACACGUCGACAGCCCACAUUUCCUACGAAGUCCUGGUGGAGGCUCCCCUCUGAGUGCGCGCCUUGUGAAUCUUCACGAGCUGGAAAUCACACACAUGGUUCUCGUGGAGGCCCCCUUUCUUCAGGCGCUCGCCACCCUCCACGAGCUGCGCAGACUCUCCAUCUGGAUGCGCGUGCGCGCUUUGACGGGCUGCUAUCUCCCGCGCGGUUCACUUAGCAAGCUUCGCGACCUCACACUCCGAGCCGAUCCGCUAAGCCUCCGGCGAUUCCUCCGAGUCGUCUCACCACGCCACCUCCAGACGUGCACGCUGCACAUCAUCGACUGGUUCCGGUGCACAGAGGCCGAAGCACUCCGUCACGUCCAUGCCGCGCUCUCGCAAUGCAUCUCCCCGUGCACCACCAAGUUCGCCCUGACGCUCGCCGCCGACAGCCCCCGCGUCGCCGACCUCCUCUCGCCCACACUCGCUUUCCACUGGCUCACGCACGUGCACAUCACGCUCGACUCGUACCUCCCGGAGCUCGUCGCGAGCGCAGCCGAUCUGCACGCGUUUGCGACUGCGUGGCCGCACCUCAUCGCGUUCGAUUUUGCACUUGCGCGGUGCGACGAGGGCAACGAGGUGCUGAGCGUGCCCGACGCGCCUGUGGCGCGCACGCUCGUCGAGCUUGCCGCGCGACUUCCGCACCUCGAACGCCUCACACUGCCGUAUAUCUCGCUCAUCGACGAGGACAUCCCGGACGUGUAUACGGUGCCGGCAGGGGAGCAUGGGCUGAAGGCGCUGCGCGUAUGCGUCACGCACGACGGGUACUGGGACCCCGCGUUAAGGCGGGAGUUUGCCAUCCUCGUGGAUCGAUUGUUUCCGCAUCUGGACGUGGAGGACAUCCCGUGCAAGAGGGUUGCCAAUGUGGACGACUUUGUCGACUGGAAGGCGUUUGCGGACGUGCUCGUCACGUUGCGUUCCGGCAGGGAGCACAUCAAGGAGUUGAAGCGUCGCCGCAAGCUCCAGAAGAGGCUGGGAGUUGAGCCGUUUGGUCCGUAGCAUACGUAUAUGCAUAUAUCAUCGCUAUCGUUGCUUGGUUAGUUAUCACAUCCACUGUUAUAGAAUAUAUUACU